UGGAAGGCGCUUCACAGAGAGUCAGAGAAAGUCACGGACGCGAAAGGAGCAAAAGCAGAGGGAGGCAUUUCUGCAGCAGAUCCAUUGGGACGCUUGGGAAACCUGAACAUGGCAUCUCAAGGCAAAGACUUCGGCCAACAACUGAGCGACCAGAUCAACGACGCGUUGGAACGACUGGCGACCAAGGAGAUGUUCCAGACUGACUGGGAUAUUGCUGCCUUUGCCAUUUUCUUCACUUUCAUCGGCGCAGUUCUCCUUUUGGUCCUCCUCGUUCUGAUCCGCUGCUGCUGCUGCUGCUGCUGCGACUGCGAGCCCUCCGGGUCGUACCACAAGGCUCCCAGAAAAGUCGGCAUCGAUAACCAGGCCAUGGAGCCUUGAAGCGCCACCGGGACGGACCACGAAAGUGACAGGAAAGAAGACGCGGCUGAUCGUCGGGGUACUGCAUCAGAACUGUUUCUAAGCUGGAUUUCAUCUCUCUGGCACGCGUGUGACUUGUGGGCCUUUGGCGCCCAGGGGCUCACCCUCUGAUUGUGCGGCAGUCCUUAACCUGUGCCCGUUCUUUCUUGGUCACAUUAAACUCAGGGAGAAAUGGAGGAAAUGUUCUCCGGAGAGCUUUCCUGUGUGGCACCAGACAGGUCGUUGGCUGCUGAGGGUGGUGAAGCUACAUGCCUGUGUCCCGCUCAACACCAACAACUAGCUAUAGCCCGUGUCUGUCGUUCUGAAGGAACGGGCAGCCCGCUGAGGCUAAAGCCAGACUAUAAAAUUCUUCUAUGGAAAAAGGAGAUUGUGUCUCCUGCAGUGCCGCUACUGUAAAUAGGAUCACACUAUUCUUGCUUGUGUACACAUUUUGUGCCACAUGAGAGACAGUUUGGUGUAGUGGUUAAGUGCGUGGACUCUAAUCUGGGAGA